AUGCACACCAAAUCCAUCUUUGCCAGGCACGGAAUCCCUUCGGAAGUCAUAAGUGACAAUUUAUCCCAAAAUUCCUCCAAGGAAUAUCAACUGUUCGCUGAACAAUGGGGAUUCAAACACAUUACGGUGAGCCCUCUAAAUCCACAAUCAAAUGGUUUGGCCGAGAAGUCAGUUCAAACCGUGAAAUCACUGCUUACAAAAGCCAAGAAAGACAAACGGGACCCAUAUAUUGCUCUUUUAGAGUACAGAAACACUCCUAUUGAUGGAGUCGGAUCCCCAGCACAGCUUCUCAUGAGUAGACGACUCAGAACAACCAUCCCGACCACUGAUGCACAACUACAACCACAAGUCAUUAACCCAAGACUGUCCAAAAAGAAACAAUCAGAGAAACAAGAAAGGCAAGAGUAUUAUUAUGAUCAGCAUGCCAAACCCCUGCCAUCACUCGAGCAAGGCGACAGGAUCAGAGUUAAAAUGGGGAAACUAUGGAAGCCAGGCAUAGUGAAGCAAGGUGCAGAAACCCCUCGAUCAUACUGGAUCGAGACUGAUGAAGGCCGCGAGUAUAGAAGGAACCGAAAAAUGAUCAUAAAAUCUCCUGAAAACAGACCAUUAGUCAUCGACAUUGCAGACCAAGCAAGUGAAGUCGAAAGUGAAACUGAGGAAUGUCCACCACUCUACCCUGAAAGCAAAACUGAAAGUAGAGAGGUAGAGACCAAUCCUGACCAAGAAACCGACUCAUUUCAAAGACUAUGUCACUGA